AUGCAAAUGGUGGUAGCUCAUGGUGGACUCGACGUGCGAAUCUGUAAGCUUGGAGUGGUGGAUUUACCGGAUAAUCCUGAUGGGGAGACUGAAGAGCUUGCGAUGAUGAAUGCUCUCAAAGCAAACAGGCACAUUCAUAACAAGAGGAGAGAGUUACUCCAACGGUCAAGGAUUACUGGAUUGGAAGUUGAAGGCAUAAUGAAGGAUCUUUCUCCUUUAAUGUUUGAGGAUUUUGUGAAGCCGUUCCAAAUAGACGCAGAUGAGGAGGAACCGAGUGAGCUAUCAGCCAAUUGA